UCAGCGGAGAUGAUAUGUUUUCAAGAUGGCGGCAGUAAUAGGCAGUCAGUUGUUUUCUCCUUUUCGUGCCUUGGGAUACAUCGCGAACCACGUCCCUCUAGCCGUGCAGUCUCAGGGAACAGAGAAUCUAGUAGUGACUGCGGUUGGAUCGGCAUUCCAUGUUUAUAACUGUGCCAAGCUGAAUUUACUAUUUGUUGGUCAAUUGAACGAUGAGGAGGUAUCCUGUCUUACGACUUACAAGCACUUUGUGAUAACGGCAUGUGGUCAAGAAAUCAAGAUGUGGCACAGAGGCAAAACAGUUGCAUCAUUUGUUGGUCAUGAUAAAGAUGUUCACUGCUUGUUGACAUUUGGUGCGCAUCUCAUAUCUGUUGAUGAGGGUAGUAGUUUGAAGGUGUGGGACAUCAAGACAACAGAAUUGUAUCUGGAAGUCGGAUUUGACUCCAAAACAUUCCACAUCACAUGUCUGAUGCACCCCAGUACAUAUCUGAACAAGAUCCUUCUGUGCAGCAAGCAAGGGUCCAUGCAGAUCUGGAACAUCAAGACAAACAAAAUGAUCUACUCAUUUGAAGGAUGGUCUUGUCCUAUCACAGCUGUAGAACAGGCGCCAGCUAUAGAUGUUGUAGCAGUUGGCUUGCAAAGUGGUAAAAUAGUUAUUCACAACUUGAAAGUUGACGAGACGGUCAUGACAUUCCAGCAAGAUUGGGGUCCGGUCACUGCCAUUGCAUUCAGAACAGAUGGCAAUCCAGUCAUGGCUACAGCAAGCCCUUCUGGGAAUAUAGCUCUGUGGGACUUAGAGGGGCGUAAGUUGAGGAGUACCCUGAUUGACGCCCAUGAUGGGUCUGUAUGUGGCUUGAAGUUCCUUCCCUCACAGCCCUUGCUUGCUACAAAUGGUCCAGACAAUGCUCUCAAGUUAUGGAUUUUUGACCAGCCUGAUGGUAGUGGUCGUUUGCUGAGGUCAAGAUCUGGUCACAGUGCUCCUCCUACCAAGAUACGUUUCUAUGGACAUAAGGGAUCUGACAUUUUAAGUGCAGGUUUGGACAGGACGUUUCGUCAUAUCUCUACAGCAAAUGAUGCAAGAAGUUGUGAGCUGUCUCAAGGGUCGUUAGCCAAAAAAGCUAAAAAUUCUGGGAUAAAGGUUGAAGAGCUGAAGCUAACACCAAUCACUGACUUUGCUGCAGAGACAACACGCAAUAGCGACUGGGAGAACAUUGUGACUUGUCACCAAGGGAACAAACAAGCAAGAUCUUGGUGGUUCCAGAAGAAAGCUCUUGGCAAGCACACACUGGAGACAAGGGGGAACAAGGACGGAGACAACACAUCUAUUACUGCUGUGACUAUCAGCUCUUGUGGUAACUUUGCCAUCAUUGGCGACUCCAAAGGGCAUGUGGACUCCUUCAAUAUACAGUCCGGGAACCACAGAGCAUCCUACGGUAACCCUAGAGCUCAUAAAGGGUGUGUAAGAGGAGUGGCCAUCGAUGGCGUCAAUCAGCAGCUGUUGUCAGCUGGUGCAGAUUCCCAACUUCGGUUUUGGAGCUUUACAAAGCGAAAACUCCUAAGUAAGCUUUCAUUUGAAGCAUUGAUGACAGGAUUGGAAAUCCACAGAGAAAGCUCCUUGGCUGCUGUUGUGUGUGAAGAUUUUUCCAUCCACAUUGCUGAUAUUGAGAUGCAUAGAAUCGUGAGGACCUUCACAGGGCAUGCCAACAGAAUCACUGAUGUGUCCUUCAGUCCGGAUGGCCGAUGGCUGAUAAGUUCAUCCAUGGAUUCUACAAUCAGAACAUGGGACCUGCCUGCUGCUAGGUUGAUUGAUUGCUUCCUUGUGGCCUCACCUGUAACUAGCCUCACCCUCUCCCCCACAGGGGAAUAUUUAGCAACCUCGCACGUUGACGACUUAGGAGUUUACUUAUGGUCGAACAAGACCUUAUAUGGCCAUGUAGCCCUAGUCCCUCUCCCGUCCACCUUCGAGCCUUCUCUUGUACAACUUCCAGUGACAAGUGGUGGAGAAACCGAGGAGAUGUCAGAUGCCAUCUUAGAGACGCGCACAAGUGGCGAGGUUACAGACAUGGGGGAAACACAGGAAUCCCGAACGGAGGAGUUCAAGUCGCCUGACCAGCUCUCUAACGAACUGAUCACAAUGUCCCUCCUGCCCCAGUCACGAUGGCGUAACCUCACCAGCCUGGAAAUCAUCAAGCAAAGAAAUCGACCGAAGCAACCUCCCAAACCUCCAAAAUCGGCGCCGUUUUUUCUUCCCACGGAGCCGGGACUGGUACCGAAGUUUGUAGCAGAAGAGAAAGAUGUGGCUGACGAGGAGGUGUCACAAUCCAAGUUGAUCCAGCUGAGACGAUUGCAGCCUCAAACAGAAUUCCAGAAAAUGCUCGACAAGUGCUCAUCUUCUGGUGACUAUGAUCCCCUUAUGAGCUCGCUUAAGGCGAUGGGUCCAUCCGCCAUAGACGCCGAGCUGCGCCUGGUCUCUCCCGAGUCUGGCGGCACUAUAGCCCUCAUGCAGCAGUUCAUGGAGUUCCUCUCUACCCACAUGGCGACCAAGAGAGACUUUGAGCUUGUCGAAGCCUAUAUGGCGCUAUUCCUAAAGCUUCAUGGAAGCCUCAUAAUGGAGCAUCCAGAAUUGGUACGCGCGGCCCGUCAGCUGCAAGCACAGCACGAGCACACUUGGACAAAGCUGAGAGAUCUCAUUAAUCAGGGGCUUUGCUUAGUUAGCUACUAUAAGAGUGCCUUGAUAUAACUUUUUCGCCGGCAUUCUUGUCUCUACUCUCACAACGGAGAGUUUUAGCUUGGACGGCGGCAAACAAAAAUAGAAAGCCGACACCAACACAAGCUCGUGACUAGAGGUUUUGCUGGAGGGUGCGAAUUUACGAAAAGAUUACUAACAUGUGUGAUUUUUGUGCUCAGCCGCAAGAAGGAUUGUCGAAUCCGUUAUAUCGCGACGCCGCAUUUUCAAAACAUCGAUUUGCUUUUGUCUUUUGGGAUUUUCUGUUUUGCCAGUCAAAUUAUUCUAAGCCAAUCAGAUUCUUGCCAUCGCUCGCCUAGUGCAGUUUCCUGGCUUUCUGUCGCGACACUGUCUGGUUUUCGUCCAGAGCCAGGGAAAUGCACAAAGCGAGCCUCUGAUUGGCUCAGAAUGGUUUUACUGACAGAACAGAAAAUCAAAACAAAUCGUGUUUUGAAAACGCGGGUCGAUAUACAACGGAUUCGACAGUAAAAGUAGACCUUUUGGUCGUGGGAAGGGGGAGGGAAAACACGCCUUAAACCUCUCCUUGGCCUCGGGAUUUUCGGUUAUCGAACAUCUAAGUUAAAAUGCUCUAUUUGGGUUUAGCGCCGGCCCACAAUAACAGAUUUCCUGUCAUUUGUGUAAGAGGUGGAUAGAAAACGAAACUUAACCAUUCUUGUAUCUUCUCUGGGUUAUAAACUAAUGCAUUCAACCGUUAA